AUGCCGCCUUGGCGCAGAUCCGUUCCAAUGCCAAGAGCACCUGCAGAAACUUCAAACAUUUGCUCGGGCGAAAACUGGAGUCUCCUGAUCUGUCUGCAACUGGACCAAAUCGCACCCCGUGUUCAGAGUACUGUCUGUCCAUCAACGAACUAUCGCAAGGCCGCGGAGCAGCCGACGGAGAAGUAUAGCCACAUUGCGAAAGAGAAACUUGAGAAGAUUCUGAACGCUUGCAAAGAGUUAGAGCUUUGGCUCACCGAUGCGCAGAAGAAGCAGGAGGCGAUGCCCAAGUACCAAAAACCAGUGGUAACGUGCUCCGAGAUGGACAAACGAAAUCAGGAAUUGGCCAAGAUGGCCGAUGAGAUUCUCAAGGAGCCAAAACCCAAAGAGGAACCGAAGGAGAUGGAGGUGGAAGCUGAGGACAAAGAGGAGGGGAACCCGGGGCCGAAGUCGCCUUGGGGGGAGUAUCAUCGCUUGCAGACCGCCGUGGGCGAUACACGACGGCGGCUCUUUGGUACUUUCACCUCCGAAGGCACCUUCAACGCCACGACGCGAGCAGUGAGCUAUGGCACUUGUGGGCAUGAUCCCAAAGGAGAGUACGUCCUGCCGAAACCUCGCACUUUGGAACUCUUGACGGCAGAGGCGACCUGGCCUAGCAGUGUCACUGGUGGAUUUGUGAUUCCAUUCCAAGGGCAAGCCAGGUCCCAGAGCCUCCAGCCAACCGAACGAACGCGACGUGUGGGCUCACUGGGUCGGAACAUUGUCGGUAAUUGCACCAUCAAAGAUGAGCGCUUUUGCUACUACGGCCCCCACAGCCACUACUAUGGAAACAACAGCGGCUGCCGCUCCACUCUUCAGUACCGCCCAGAGAGAGCAUCGUGA